AUUUGCAUCUCCCUUUUCUCGAAGCGCCCGCUCCGCUCCACUCCACUCGGCCGCUACUCCCUUCUUCCGCGAUUCCCCCGCCCCCGCCUCUUCCCCCCUCCUGCUUUCGAAACUACUCCCUUCCGCCGAACUACCAGGGCGGGCUUGCGCGAGGGGGCGGAAGAAGCGCGCAAGCUUAGCACAUGCGGACACCGUCGGGGCCCCGCCGCGAAGCUUGAAAGGUAUAAUUGGAAGGGGCAUGGCUGGCGUGGAGGGGCAGCCGCCGCCUCAGAUCAGCAGCAUGUCCAACUCCAAGCUGCAGGACGGUGGCACCAAGCCGAAUCUGGUCAAGGAGCACGUUCCGGGGAGCGAGCUCUGGACCGAUGGGCUCAUCUGUGCUUUUGAGCUCGUCAAGGGUCACAGGAAGCUGGUUCAUCACAAAUCGUUGCCAAAGAUUGAUCUCGCGCACAUGAAGAACCAGGCAGCUAGGAAUGGGCAUCGCGUUGUGAGCCCGGCACCGAAUGAGGGAGGUGUGCUGGAAAUCCCCGGCCAGGUGGAGCUUGGCAUCGAUCCUUUUGCGGUCAAAGACAGGCCAUCACAUGCUGGAGAUGUUCAUGAUCACAAGUGGGUGCCGAUUGGAUGGUCAAGGAUUGCUGAGCUGAGCCAGAGGGUUCAAUCAGAUGCUAGCUGGGAGAAUGAACAUGUGCCGAUAAGCGACAGCGAGGAUGAUUACACUGUAGCCGAUGUUGCCGCUCCGUACUGGCUGCGUCCUGGGGGACCUACAUGGUGGUUCCAUGUCACCGCAGGCCAUCCUUCCGUUGACGCAUGGUUGGGUAGUGCUCACUGGAUGCAUCCAGCUAUCAGAACUGCACUGAGAGAUGAAAGCCGGCUGAUAAGCGAUCGGAUGAAGUACCUUCUCUAUGAGGUCCCAGUUAGAGUUGCGGGAGGACUGUUAUUUGAGCUUCUUGGUCAAUCAGUCGGGGAUCCAAAUCAUGAAGAGGAAGACAUACCCAUUGUACUUAGAUCGUGGCAGGCACAGAACUUUCUUUUAACUGCAAUGCAUGUGAAAGGUCCUUCAAUCAAUGUAAAUGUUUUAGGAGUGACUGAAGUGCAGGAGUUGCUUAUUUCUGGUGGAAGUCAAACACCCAGAUCAGCUCAUGAAGUGAUAGCACAUUUGGUCAGUCGUCUUUCACGAUGGGAUGACAGAUUAUUCCGUAAAUAUGUCUUUGGGGAAGCAGAUGAAAUUGAAUUGAAGUUUGUGAAUAGGAGAAAUAGUGAAGAUCUGAACCUAGUCAGCAUCAUAUUGAAUCAAGAAAUCAGGAGGUUAGCAACACAGGUGAUCAGGGUUAAAUGGUCACUGCAUGCAAGGGAAGAGAUCAUACUUGAGCUUCUCCGACAUUUAAGGGGAAGUGCCACAAGAAUCAUUUUAGAGAGAGAGAGGAAGUCUGCAAGGGAGAUGUUGGAGGAGCAGGAAGCUGUCCGUGGCCGCUUGUUCACUAUCCAGGAUGUUAUGCAGAGCACUGUUCGUGCAUGGUUACAGGACAGAAGCCUUCGUAUCACCCACAACCUGGCUAUUUUCGGCGGUGGUGGCAUAGUUCUAUCCAUAAUCACCGGUCUCUUUGGAAUCAACGUGGAUGGCAUACCGGGAGCUCAGAAUACUCCGUACGCUUUUGGGCUGUUUGCGGGGCUUCUCUUCUUCCUCGGGAUCAUCCUUGUUGGCGUUGGGUUGAUGUACCUUGGGCUGACAAAUCCAGUGACCAGUGAGAAGGUGAAGGUGAGGAAGCUGGAGCUCCAGCAGCUGGUAUCGAUGUUCCAGCAUGAGGCGGAGCAGCAUGGGAAGGUGAGGGAAGGCCUGAGCCGGCACGGCUUGUCGCCGAGUUCAGCUGCGGCUUCGGGCGAUGAAGGCUACAUCCUGAUUUCCUGAUCCUGCUAAUGCCUCAAAACUCUGAAAUAGUGUAAGCUUAGGCCACGCUGGGGAACCUGGUGUUUUGUCUUUGAGUAAAAUCCCGGCUAUCCCCAUCCCCAUGGGAAGUAAACUGAUUCCUGUCCGAUUGGUUCAUGUGUCCUCAACAGGCGUAUAGAAAAUGAUACACCUAACAGAGUAUCUUGUGUGAUGAUUGUCACUGAGGAGUUGGUAUAGAAAUAUAUAGAGAGAUGAUCAAUGCGAUCUGAGUAACAGAUUGGUUCUUUA